AUGAAGUUGAACAUCGCUUACCCAGCCAACGGUACCCAGAAGAGUAUCGACAUCGACGAUGAGCACAAACUGAGAGCAUUCUACGAGAAGAGAAUGGGCCAGGAGGUCGAGGGAGACGCCGUGAGCGACGAGUUCAAGGGUUACGUUUUCAAGAUCACUGGUGGUAACGACAAGCAAGGUUUCCCAAUGAAGCAGGGUGUCAUGAUCCCAAACAGAGUCAAGCUGCUUUUGACCAAGGGUGUCUCCUGUUACAGACCAAGAAGAACCGGAGAGAGAAAGAGAAAGUCUGUCAGAGGUUGCAUUGUUGGUAGCGACCUUGCUGUCUUGUCCCUUGUUGUUGUUAAGCAGGGUGAGCAGGAGAUCGAGGGUCUGACCGACACUCAGGUCCCAAAGAGAUUGGGUCCUAAGAGAGCCAACCACAUCAGAAAGUUCUACGGUUUGACCAAGGAGGACGACGUUAGACAAUUUGUUAUUAGAAGAGAGGUUGUUAAGGGCGACAAGAAGUACACCAAGGCUCCAAAGAUUCAGAGACUGAUCACUCCUCAGAGACUCCAGAGAAAGAGAGCUGUCAAGGCUGCGAAGGUUAAGAACGCCCAAGCCCAGAGAGAUGCUGCUGCUGAGUACGCCCAACUGCUUGCCCAGCGUCUGCACGAGCGUAAGGCUGAGAAGGCUGAGAUCAAAAAGAGAAGAGCUUCUUCAUUGAAGGCUUAGGUAAUGUAGUGAAUAUAUGCAGGUAAGUGACAGUAGCGAGCUUUGUGCUCCAUGUAUUCGUCUAUACUAUAAUCAUUUAUUAGGAUUUUCACUGUGUUUUUUGUCGCUUGUCGAUUUCCGCGAGCCGUUUGAUGUUGUCGUAGAUUUCGUCCGUGCUCAGCCCGUCGCCAUACUUCAUCUUGGCCUCGUACCGCUGUUUUUCCUCCUUGUAUUUUGGAUCCCGAAGCAGAAUGGCUAGAUGCUGGCCGAAUUUGCUUUCUGGAAUAAGCUGUCCGGUCAACGGACACACCACUUGUCGCUCCCCGUUCUUCGUGUUUUCCGCAAACUUCUGGUCCUCAUGCUUCCUCUUGAGCCGCGAUUCGCCCGCAGACCGGAUCUUCAUGCCAGGUCGUGCCUUUGGCGGUUCCACCGUCUCUUUCUGCUCCUCGUACAACGGCACUUCUUCCUCUUCCUCGUCUUCCUCCUCAGAAAGCGCUUCCUCUCCUUUAUCCAGCAACGAGCGGUACUCCAAUUCUCCGCGGUCGAGAGGCGGUGCCAGCUGUGCCACCUCGUCGACCUCUGUGAAUUCGAUGGUCUCCACCACGACAAAGUCCUGCCAGUCGAUAGACGCAAAUUCCAUCUGCUCUUUUUCCAGCCGCUGCUUCUCCUUGGUCUGUUCCUCCUCGUCCUUGGCCAUCUGUUGCGCGCGCGCGUAGCAGCGGUCCAAAAACUCUGUCUGGUCGUAAUUAUCUAGCUCGUGCAGUAUUUUCUCCUUCUCUGCCAAGAUCAACUUGUAGGACUCCAAAUACUGUCUGAAAAGUCCAUGGAGCGAGUGCGAGACGCUCAGAAAUUCAAACUGGAUACUCUGUUUCUUGUCAUGAGAAACGUGCUCCUUUAGCACCUCGAUCGACUCUUCACCGUUCAGAGCCACAUAUUGCGCUGCAAGCUUGAUCAUGUCCACGUCCAAAGCGGAAACUUUACCGGGCGAAAUGAUGAACCGCAGCUCCGGCACCUCAGGAGCCUCAGGAGCCUCUUUCUGCGGCUGUUUGGCCUCGCCGCUCUGCAGAUCCUGUAUGCAUUUCUGGUAGUACUCGUGGUGCACAUCGCCCUUUCUUAGGAAGGCAAACUUGGGGUUUUUUGCCUCCUUUGUCAACAGUCGCUGCUCAAACGACUCGCCGUUACGCACAACAAACCCCGCCGUCUUCUCGAUCACCGCACGGAUUU